AUGUGUCACUGGUCUUUUGCCAGCAACUUCUUCAGUUAUCACACUGAUUGUUCGCAGACUGAGAAGUUCGGCUGGCUUGAAGCAACGCAUCUCCUUUCGCCUGCGACCCAAUACAUUCGAGAUAUGGAAUCGAUAUACUCCAAGAUAUUGGAUGACAUAAUGGACGCGCAAGAACCAAAUGGACUUUGUCUGACAAUGGCACCCAAGACACGACACAUGUGUGGUCAGCUCCACGACAUAAUCACGUGGUGUGGUAUAGUCGCUCCGUUUCCUGAAAUCCUUCACUUCUAUUAUGAUUCAACACAUAUUUUUGAGAAGCUCUUCAGACCGUGCGUCAACUACAUGGAGUACAUCAAGACAAGAGAGAACGGAUCAAUUGAGCAUGGUCUUGGCGACUGGGGUCGCGAUACUGCAUUUGGCAAUAACCAAGCGAACAUUAAAACUGCCAUAUACUACCGGUGCUCACGGUAUGUUGAAAUAAUGGCAAAAGUACUCGGGAAUUCUAUUGAUCAAUCCCGCUUCCGAGCUUGGGCUCAUCGUAUAACCAAAGUGUACAAUGAGAAACUCCUCGUUACCGACAAAAAGUUGCAUCCAUAUUCAUGCUGUACUUCUCGGAACGACCUGGGCAGUCAAGAUCGCAAUAUGUUUACACAAGCUCUUGCCCUCCAAUUCGGUCUUGUUCCAGAAAAAUAUAUCACUCAUGUCCAAAGCGCUUCCCUAGACCGUGGUGUAAAUGUAAACAACAAGAUCUCAGCAGAAGAAAUUGGGCUCAAAUACCUUUAG